CUGGAGAUGACAGAUUUUGGCCCCAGUUAUCUCUCUCGCUUCGCCUUUCCCCUCUGCUUGUAGUGAGAGAAGUUUGUCCCUCUUCGUGAUCUGUCCGGUGUUCCAGAAGCGACGGUUGCUGGUGUAUUGGACGUUCAUAUAUAUGUGUACCAGUGGCAAAGAUGGAGAAGGACACCACUAUUAGGAGAAUAAAAUCCUUAUACGGGACGCAAAACAAUGUAUCGGAAAAUAAGAAUGACUCUCAGGAUCAAUGUGGAAUCAACGGCUGUAGUGAAGUGAAAAAGAAGCCUGAAGUGAGCUUGUACCUGCUACACGAAGGCGUCGGAGUGGCACUGGUGACUGUAUUUAUUCUGGUGCUGUGGGGAGUCGUUCAUUUAUCAUUACAGCAGCUAGUCAUUGGAAAGUCUACUGGCGAGUUCAAUGCUAUCAGGGCAAGGAAGCACCUGGAGCGUAUCACCAGCGUCGGUCCCCGUCCCACGGGCAGCCCGGAGAAUGAGAUCUUAACGGUUAACUUCCUGCUAGAGCAGAUUGAGCACAUCAAGGCCGACAGUGCCUCAGGACCCCACUCUGUCACUGUGGACGUCCAGCGACCCACAGGCUCCUUCAGCAUCGACUUCCUGGGAGGGUUCACCUCCUACUACGACCGGGUCAGCAACAUCGCUGUCCGCCUGGAGCCCAAGGCUGGGGCUCAGCACCUCAUGCUGGCCAACUGCCACUUUGACUCUGUGGCCAACAGUCCUGGUGCAAGUGACGAUGCAGUGAGCUGUGCGGUGAUGCUGGAGGUGCUCCACUCCCUGGCCAACCUCUCCACACCUCUACGACAUGGGGUGGUGUUCCUCUUCAAUGGAGCUGAGGAGAAUGUGCUGCAGGCGAGUCAUGGCUUCAUCACUCAGCAUCCCUGGGCCAAGCAGGUUCGAGCCUUCAUCAACCUGGAGGCUGCAGGGGUGGGCGGCAAAGAGGUGGUGUUUCAGACAGGUCCUGAGAACCCCUGGUUGGUCCAGGCCUAUGUCCAUGCUGCCAAACAUCCCUUUGCCUCAGUGGUGGGACAGGAAGUCUUCCAGAGCGGUGUGAUCCCAUCUGACACGGACUUCCGCAUCUACAGGGAUUUUGGAAACAUUCCAGGAAUUGAUUUGGCCUUCAUUGAGAACGGUUUCCUCUACCACACCAAGUACGACACAUCCGACAGAAUACUGACCGACUCCAUCCAGAGGGCAGGUGACAACAUCCUGGCGGUACUGAAGCACCUGGUGAUGUCUGAGGAGCUGGCGGACUCGUCGGAGUAUCGUCAUGGCAACAUGGUGUUCUUUGACCUGCUUGGCAUGGUGGUGGUGGCGUACCCGGCCCGCGUUGGUACCAUCAUCAACUACAUGACUGCCAUGGCAACCUUCCUCUACCUAUUUAAGAAGUGCUCCCAUCCCAGUAAUGUGGGAGGUCGUUACGUCAAGGAGCUGGCCUAUGCCACAGCGGUGGUCAUCCUCAGCUGGUUGGUCACUCUGCUGACUGUGCUCAUCAUAGCCUUGGUUGUGUCGCUGACAGGACGAUCCAUGUUCUGGUACAAUGACUUCUAUACAUGCAUCUUUAUGUACGGUUCUGCUGCCACUGGGACGAUGGUCCUGAUCCACACACUGGCCAAGAACCUCUACUACGGGGGUGUACGUCGUGUGGAGCUGGGGGAGCUCUACUUUGACGUGAGCCUGCUGCUGUGGUGCGGUGCCCUAGUCUACCUCACAGCUAACGACCUCUGCUCUGCCUACGUCCCCAUGCUGAUGGUGGCCUUCCCUCUGACCACCAAGCUGCUUCUUGCCAGGGAGUUUAAACUCAGAGGUGCAUCGGUGAAGUACUCUGUUCUCUAUCAGCUGGGUCUGGCUCUGCCCUAUGUCCACUUCAUGUUCCUGAUCUGGGUAGUGUUUGAGAUCUUCACGCCCAUCCUGGGGCGCAGCGGCACAGAGAUCCCCCCUGACGUGGUCCUGGCCACCCUCGUCACCCUCGCCACACUCUUCCUCUCCUCCUUCUUUCUCCACUUCAUCUACUUGGCUAGGUCUACUAAGUGGCUGUUGGCAGGUCUGGGAACAGUGUUCACUGUGUUUCUGGUGCUGGUGUUGUGUGGAAUGUUCUUCCCCUAUACAGCAGACCCCUCGAGCCCACGCCCCAAACGGGUCUUUCUUCAGCACACCACUCGUACCUUUCAUGGUCUGGAUGGCCAGGUGAAGAGCAGAGACUCAGGUCUGUGGAUCAACAGCUUUGACUACACUGGCAUGCAGCACAUCACGCCUAUCAUACCAGAGAUCAACGACACUAUCAGGACCAGCUGUCAGGAGGACAGGCCUUUCUGUGGCUACCCCUGGUUCCUACCUGUCAAGUUCCUUGUCAAGAAGAACUGGUACCUCCCAGCCCCUGAAGUCUUUCCCAAGUCUCCCAUCGAGUUUCAGGUCCUUUCUAAAGAACAGACAAAAUGGGGCACAGUGAAGAUUACAUUUGAAGUCAAAGGUCCCAGCCACAUGUCCCUCUACCUGAGACCCCACCAAGGGGCCUCUCUGUCCAGCUGGUCGUUUGGGGAUGGUGUUCCCCAGUACCACCUGGCUGGAGAGUACUUUAUAUUCUACUCCCACGGCCUGGAUGCCCCCGCCUGGAACUUCUGGUUCGAAAUACAGCCUCCCAGAGAAGAGGAUCCGUCAGGCCCAGAGGGAAUGAUCUCAGUAGCCAUCUCAUCUCAUUACUUCUUUGGAGAGGACCAGAGGACUGUUCAGCUAGAGGACAUGCUGAAGAGGUUCCCUAAAUGGGCCUUCCCCUCUUCCUGGGUCUCCACCUAUCACAUGUACCGAUACUGACACCUAGGCCUAUCAGAUGUACAUACACUGGGAGGCACCUACCACAUUUACCCAUACUUGAAAUACUGGGCCCGUUGUUGGGCCUGCUUCCACACACUCAUUUGAGAGACCCGACCAUCACUGUGUCAAUAGCUAACAGGAGGGACAUUAAAGCAACAUUAUUUAUAAACAGUAACAGUAGGACUAGGGAAUGGUCCUUAUAAACAGUAACAGUAGGACUAGGGAACGGUCCUUAUAAACAGUAACAGUAGGACUAAGGAACGGUCCUUAUAAACAGUAACAGUAGGACUAGGGAACGGUCCUUAUAAACAGUAACAGUAGGACUAGGGAACGGUCCUUAUAAACAGUAACAGUAGGACUAGGGAACGGUCCUUAUAAACAGUAACAGUAGGACUAGGGAACGGUCCUUAUAAACAGUAACAGUAGGACUUGGGAACGGUCAACCAGUGUUCAGUAGAGUUCCUUUAUUGUGGGGAUGAGGGUAAAUAGUUUUUUAAAACUAUUUUUCUUCUCGCUCUCUGACACUGUUUUCAUGUAUGGCCUUGCAUGUUCCAUCUCUGUCAACAAGCACGAGGUCUUCAGCGUCACUCACUAUUUCAGUUAAAAGGCUACAGUGUUUUUCCCUUACAAAAUGAACCGUUUCAUGUUUUUACAUUUUAAAUAAGAAACAAACAAAAAAAGGUGAACAGGAUUGUUCCAGUAAAGUGUGAUUUACUUACGGUGAGCUCGCUAAUGUGCAAGGAUAUUUUGACUUGUUUUAACGAGUGAUAGCAAUGUCGAAAAUAGAAAUGCAAUAAACUCACUGAAUUAAUAAAUAAUUUAGCUGGGUAUUGCGAUUUUAAACAUAUUUUCUGUCCAUCAAGAAACACACUGAUUUAGAUAGUUUGGUUCUCUUCAACUCAGUCAUAAACUAAUGGUGCUUUUUACAUUUUCCUCAAACUCUGAACCACAGUGCUCUAACCUCUAAACAACUGCAACAAGGCAGUUGUUUUAAUGCCGUGGCGCUUUUUCAAAACAACAUCUCACCAACUCCAAUUUUGACCUACUGAUGUCCCUCAUCAAUGGUACUUCCUGUUAACAGUUGAACAGUCAAAUGGGUUAAAAAAAAAACAUUUCACAUGGUGUGUUUUUGCCCAUCAUGUGCAAGGUGUAUAUCAAUAUUUUACACUGGGAUAUUAUAAUACUAGUUGCUGAUGUCAUAAAACAGACCGACAACACCCUUUCUGGUGUUCUGAUAAGUUUAUUCCGAUGGUUGAAGCCUGCGGCGAGUGGGUCAGACUCUUUCACACAGUUCCUAAAUUGACCCCCAACCCGGUUUAGAACAUCAUGGUGUUUGAUUGCAGGACAGCAGCUCCUGCGAACACUGAGGCUGCGCAGGGUCUGUGUUAAUAAAGAGUCAGAGUGCUGCUUCAGGAUCAGUUUUAGCCUUUUAGGUCAUAACAAAUACAAUUAUAUGGAUAGAGGGGGACCUGAUCUGAGAUCAGUACUCCUACUUUAUGAAUAAAGCCAUGCUAUUUUCUCUGUACCUGCAUGGUAAAGUCUUCAUAAUUAAUAUAAUUCGCAAUAUUUUGAAACGGCACUCAGAACGGUUGUUACACGCGGCUAAUAGUUUACUGUCGUCUCUCCUGCUUUCCACACCAAGCCCCACCUCGUUACUCAAGCAGCACUUUAUUUGAUUACAACAGUUCACCCAAGUGUUUAUCGCAAUUCCGUUUUUCCCCCCCAUAUCGUGCAGCCCUACUUCAUGGUUCUCAGCGAUGGCUCGAUGUGUUACCUCUAUGAAGUAGAUAUUUGGGGUUUUGUGAAGACUGACCAGUACUUGAGGUUUGAUAAGGAUUGUUACUAGGCAACUGGAGUGUUGAUUUGGGCAGUCUCUUGGACUACACUGCUGUGGCUAGUACCAGUUUGUGUUGAACAGUCGCCUUGUUUUGAAUCCAGCGAUGCGUCCUCUCUCUGAGCAGGUGAAAGGAUGGAACCAAGCUAAUGUGCUUUCUAGGUUCUAGAAUGCCACAUGGUUGUAGGCUAGAGGCAUCGGUUGGCGUCAUGCAUCUUAAAGACAUAAGGGGUUAUUGCCACAUGGUUGUAGGCUAGAGGCAUCGGUUGGUGUCAUGCAUCUUAAAGACAUAAGGGGUUAUUGCCACAUGGUUGUAGGCUAGAGGCAUCGGUUGGCGUCAUGCAUCUUAAAGACAUAAGGGGUUAUUGCCACAUGGUUGUAGGCUAGAGGCAUCGGUUGGCGUCAUGCAUCUUAAAGACAUAAGGGGUUAUUGCCACAUGCACUUACCUGUAAAAAAAAUAAAAAUAAAAUGGUCUUAGCAGGAUUGUACAGCAACAGUAAAUGAUGUAGUUUUAAGGGUUUAAAAAAACGAUUUGUCAUAUCCAUCACUGUGGUGAAAAACACAACCCAGUAUACUCUUAAAUUUGCAUGAUGAACACAAGGUGAUGUUUUUCUUGAGAGGAAAGGAGGAAACUAACGAGCACACGUCUAAAGACCUUUAGCUUAGUGGCAUCGUUUAAUGAAGUUUUGUUUAGGCCUGAACUUGCACCCUAUUGGCUGUUUUUGACCAGAGCCGUAUAAAAGUAGUGCACUAUACAGGGAAUAGGCAGCCACCUUAAUCAGAGGUAUAUCAACAGCUCAGGCCUGAUGGAUGGAACAAAUAUACAGGUGUAAUUUAAACAUUUAAUACAAUUAAUUGAUUUAUUUCUAUCAAGUAUGGUGGGAUCUGUAAUUUAGGUAAAGAAAUAUCCCCGUAGGUCCUGAUUCUGUAAUUACAAAACGAUUGGUGACUAAUGUUCAGGUUCACUACCCCAAACCUUCCCGUUGACUCAAGCGUACUGUACACUGCCUUCUUAAAAAUAUAACUUCAUGUUUUGUAUGGAUUUCUCAACAUAACUGUGUUGCUGCUCAUGCUCUGAAAUUGUAAAGUGAUUUAUGGUUUAUGGUAAUGACAUUUGUCAGUACUGUCAAAUUUUUCUUAUGCAGUCAUUUAUAACAUUUAUGAUUUUACAAACAAAAAAGUAAUGCAGGGAAUCAAUCCGAUCGCACCUUGUUGGCAAUGUUCACUCGUUCGUGGUAAACGUUCGUGGUAAACGCUGGCUACAUGUUGCUUCAAUUAAAAUGGUGCAUUGCUGCCAAAACGCGAUCAGAUUGAAACCUGGCAUAAAUCCCCAUUCAAUUCAAGCAAACAUCAUAAAACAUUGUUACUGUAAAUAUUUAUACUGACAUUUCUCGAGCCUCGUCCUUUUUCAAUACCAAUAUUAAGGUGAAACAUUUCAUUGAAACCGUUUAUGGGUCUCAAAUUUUUAUUUUGUAGAAUGAUUGAGAGGAUCUACUUUCCUUAAAUUAAUAUGCCUGAAUAAAGGAAACAGUUACCUGCACUUCAGUUGGAAAAGUGGUAACUGACAUGCAUCCACGUUUGAGUGAUUGAGUGUUUGCUGGGACAUGUUCAAUUUCGUUUGAUGCAACUCACCUGCAGUAUCUAUGCCUAUUUUAACUGCAGUGUACUCUUGGGUCACUGAAUAAAGUGCAGUUUUGUAUAACAUGUUAAUUAUUUAAAAGCAAUCAUACUUUUGUAAUUUUUUAUUUUAUUAAUUUGUCAACUGGGAGGGUUUACAUCUAACCUUUUUUAAAAUCUGUAAUGUAAUCCCAGGUGGGAUUAACAUGGUUGAUUUGUGGAAUUGUGUAACAGGGUAUUUUGAUUACAAAAAUAAAAUUGAAAUGAA